AAACCAAUUACAUCCUAAACUCAACAAACACAAUUACAACUAUAAACAAUUCUACAAUUUCAACAAUUUAAACAAUUCCAACAAAAAAUCACUUAAACAACACUUAUCUACUAUACAUACAUACUUUUGGAUUUACAAACUCCAACAUAUUAGGGAGGAAAAAAAUACUAACCACCCACAAAUCAAUAAAACGAAUGCGCAAUCCAAACAGUGGAGGGGUGGUGUUGGUGGUGUUCACGGAGGUGGUGGUGGUGUUCGCGGAGGUCUGGCAGUGGAGAGCUGUUUUAUGGUCAAGGAGGGUGGCGGAGGGAGUGGUGGAAACCGGCAGUUAUGGGGGAACGGCGGCGGAGGAACGGAUUUGACCUGGAGUAGCAGAAGGAGUGGUGGAGACCGGAGGUGUUACGGUGGGGUUAUGGCAAAAGGGGGGACUGAAAAUGAAUUGAGGGAAAAAGGUCAACCACUUUUAUGACCUCGCUUGACUCGGAUUUGGCAAAUCUCUGCCCUUUUCUCUGAUUUUUUGAUGGCACAGAGAAACAUGCCAGACUUAGAUUUGGCAAAUCGUCCAAUUGCCAUUAAAAAAUUAACUUUUUAUUAAAAUUUCCAAACUUUUUGCUCAUCGACAUUGGGAAUCAAUACUUAACUAUGCCGCUUUGCUAAUGGCAUUUUUAUGGUUGACUCCCAAGCAACCACAACAUAUGUGUUGUUGAUUCAUCACCCAUCUAUUACUUCUCUUAGACGAUGCAAAGAGGCAAAGAGUGAAAUCAAAUCAAGUAGAAGUUCGUCCGAUUCUAGUUGCCCCAUAUUGGAAGAGUCUUUGGAUUAAGCAAAGAUUUGGAAAGGCUGCGACGAUUUGCUGGGAUGAGUAUUUUGGAUAAUGCUGAGGAUAAGCAAAGCCAAAAUCAACCUGUAAAAAUUUGGCUCAAGUGGCUUGAGGAGCUUGCUUAUGAGGCUAAUGAUGUUUUGGAGGAGUUGAACUACGAAAUUCUUAGUCUUGAGGUGAAAUCCAGCGACCAAUGUCAGGGGAAAAUGCGCUCUCUCUUCUUCUUCCAUCAACCUUGUCAUAGUGUUUCUUUUCGCCGGAGAAUGGCUCGUAAGGUUCGCGAUAUUAUCAUCAAGUUGGAAGACAUCAAUCUCCGAGGCAUUGAAUUCGGAUUGCAGCAGAGACUGGCAUCUUCAUUGCUUUCAACUACUGCUGUUGGAGACUCCAUAAGUCGAGAGACCGACUCUGUUGUUGCUCUUCGUGUUGUUGGAAGACAUGAUGAUUUGUUUAAAGUAACAGAUAUGUUGUUAUUGAAUUCUUCUGACAAUAUUCUUUCUGUUCUUCCCAUUAUUGGUAUGGGAGGAUUGGGGAAAACAACUCUGGCUAAACUAGACUCUUCAACCAUGAACAAAUCCAAGACCACUUUGAUGGAAAAAUUUGGGUUUGUGUGUCAGAUAAGAGAUUUGAUGGGAGGAGAGUUUUCAGGUUGAUAUUGGUACAACUUGGAGAAAGUGUUCAACCUGACACUAUGAGGAAGCUAUUGUGUUCAAGCCAUUUGGAAAAAAGGUGAGGGGAAAAGAUGUCUCUUAGUUUUGGAUGAUGUGUGGAAUGAAGAUUCACAAUAUGGUAUAACCUCAGCACAAUCAAUGAAAGAAGCUGGUGUCUUGUUGUGACCCGUAGAGUGUCAACAGGCAUUGUGGGUACACACUGUCAGUAUCGAUUAGGAAAACUACCGGAUUGGUUGUGGGUCGAUCUUGAAAGAAAAGGUAGCUGCAAGUGGAGAAGUAUCAGAGGAGUUAAACUGUGAUAAAGGAUCAAGUUACAAAACCAUGUGGUGGUCUACUGUUUGGUGCCAAAGUGCUUGAGAGUUUACUUUGUAUGCAGAAAAAAGGAGUGUUAUUGUGGAGAGAAAACUUUCACAACUUGUUGGAAACCAUCAAAGUAAUGCUAUGAAGAUAUUGAAUCUGAGUUUUGGUUAUUUGCCAUCUCCAUUCCUCAAGAAAUGUUUUAACUAUUUUUCAGGAGGAUGCCUGCAGAGGGGUUUCUUCUGCCAGGGUUCGGAAGUGAGACAAUGACGGAAAAAUUAGGCCAUCAGUAUCUCACAAUUUAGUACAAGGUUCCUCGUUGGCAAAUUCAAAUGCAUGGGUUACCUUGAUCUUUUCGGGCUGGAAAUGAUAACCUUGCCCGAGUCUCUUUGGAAGCUCUAUAAUUUACUGACACUAAAGAUAGGUCUAGGUAGAUCUUUGAAGGCUCUUCCUAAAGGGAUGAGCAAGUUGAUAAAUUCAAGGCAUCCUGAGUAUCUCAAUAAAAGGAUCCCAAAUUUCCGAUGCCGAUUGUAUUCAGACACUAACUUUCUUCAACAUAGGAGAAGGGAAAGGUCGUGUAUAAAAGAAAUUGGUUGCUCUUCAAGGAAGGAUUUUCUGUACACAAUCUUCGUCUAGUGAACCGGAGGAAGCCUUACAAGCAAAAUUGGGUAGUGUAGCAGUUCCAUUGGGGAAGCAAGGACGACCGUGAAGGCAUGCAUAUCUGCGAUGAAGUUGUGUUGGAAGGUCUUAAAACCCCAUAUGAAAUGGUGACAGUUAUCAAUUACAAGUUUUAUGGGUGAAAAUUUGACUAUGGUUUGAUAAUUUGUCAAUGCUGGUUAGAUUGAUUUUGGAAGAUUACAAGUGUUGAAUAGGGCUUGGUGACCUUCCAUGUCUUGAAGAUCUUGAACUUUCAGGACUAGAAAAUCUAAGUUACAUUGAGGCUUCAUUCAACGGCCUCCCUGAUGGAACAACAGGAUCCACAAAGUCACUAUCAGGAAGAAAAUUGUUCUUUAACAUACAGAAUUUGUUGGAAUGGAAGGAAGCAGAAGUAGCUGCAGAAGAAGCUUCCAUUGAUGGUAACAUUGUCUUUCCUAUGCUUGAGAAAUUGAUGAUUCAUGGUUGGUCGUUAGAUCACCACUCCAACUCACUUUGCAAACCUGAGGAAUUUGUGCAUUAGUAGUAAUGACCGUGCACAGACUGCGAGGAACAUCCUUAGCAAAGUAACUGGAGCAUUUAGGCUUACAAUAGUAGAAAUGGAUGGACUUGCUUCUGUUUCAGGAUUAGCAGUCCCAACAUAGGCAGGAAUCCAAAUUAAAAACAUUUAGUUUUGCAAAGUUUUCUGAGUGUGACACGCUUAUGGGGUUUUGGUACUUCUCUUCAGGAAUUGUGCCUAUCGGAUUGUGACAAUCUAUCGCCAAUUGCAGUCUAUACGCUCUCUCGUGGCAGUGAGGUGCUCAGGAAUUCUAAAGAUAGGUCCAUCUGAUUCUACUACGAUUUGAAUUGAACUGUCCUAUAUUGUUUGAUAACAACCAAAGGAUUUGGUCAUCUAACAAGCUUGUGUAAUUUAAGAAUUGGACCUGGAGCUCUUUGGGUUGCCUGACUUGGAGUCUCCAUUUCCUUUUUCAGAUCAACACUUGACUUCAUUGACUUCUUUCAAUCUCGAGAGCUUUGUAUUAUUAGAAGCUUUACGGAUUAGUUGCGGAGCGUGAAAUCUGUUGAAAACUAGAGGUAUGGAAUUGCCCCAAACUUCAACAUUUGCCCUUGGCGCCUACCAUAAGCCUCCUCACCAGAUUACAAAACCUGGGAGUUAAUAUUUUUCCUCUUUUGAAGGAAAGUUUAAGAGCAGAGAGAUCCUCAGACUCGGAAUUGUUCAAGAUAAAAUCUCAUAUUCCAGGCAUUACAUUGAUGGAAUACACAUACAUGAGGUGUAGCUAGAAUUUUGUGACAGUUUCUGCUUAGUCCUGUCUGGUUUCAAUGCAGUUUAGGUUACAGUUAUAUCAGAAGAUUUUGAUCAACUUCUGAAACAUUUCUUGAUGUAUGAUGAGUUUUCAUACCUUUAAAUUCGUAGAUGAUAAAAAUCUUUAUUUCACUGGUCAUGUAUAUUACUGGUUGUUUAUAA